GGCGGCUUAAUGCCCACAAAGCUGCUUAGCACUUGCAUUCUGCCAGAGGACGGCUUUAGGGAGAGGCAAAGCCUCUUAAACCAAACAGGCCAGGGCGCACUGGAGGUGCCGGCCCCUCGCCAAUGCCCCGGAGAAAGUGGGUCCUGAAAGCGCAGGGCUAGGGUUGCAGCAAGGUGACAGCCCCCCCAGGCCAUGGGGAGAGGCGCUGUUCACCUGUCCCUUGCAUGCUGGGGCCUGCAGCCCCGCGGGGUGCGGCUGUGUUAGCGAGGGACGGGGCGUGGGGCUGGGUGCAGCCACCCACAGUUGGCCGUGACCCUGCGGCCAGUCUUUCCCUCACUGACUUUGCGUGUCCUCUGCAGAUUAUCUGUGCACCCCGGAAGAAAACAUUUACAAGAUCGACUUCACCAGGUUCAAAAUCCGGGACAUGGAGUCCGGCACGGUGCUGUUUGAGAUCACCAAGCCGCCUGUGUCCGAACGUGAGCACAGUGAUAAGAAGGAUGUUGACCCCAAUGCCGGCCGGUUUGUGCGCUAUCAGUUCACCCCGGCUUUCCUUAGACUUCGGCAAGUUGGAGCUACGGUGGAGUUCACAGUAGGGGACAAGCCCAUUAACAACUUCCGCAUGAUCGAGAGGCACUACUUCCGGGACCAGCUGCUCAAGAGCUUUGAUUUUGAGUUUGGGUUCUGUAUCCCCAGCAGUAAAAACACUUGUGAGCACAUCUACGAAUUCCCACAGCUCUCAGAGGAUCUCAUUCGAGAGAUGAUUCUUCACCCCUACGAGACGCAGUCGGACAGUUUCUAUUUUGUAGACAACAAGCUGGUGAUGCACAACAAGGCGGAUUAUUCGUACAGUGGAGGACCGUGAGCGUGCGGUGGGGAGCAGAGCUGCGCUGGCCUUCCCUUUCCUGUAGAAAUCGUCAGGGAUUCCAACACCUUCCUCCAGGUCGCCAAGCAAGGAUUCAGGAACCAAGGAUGCUUUGCUAUAGUAGGAGUUUCAGGACUAAAUUUGCUGAAGUCUUUCCUCUUCUCUGAGCUUUGAAGCAGAACCCGGUUCUUCAACGACUCUCCAUUCAGUGUGACAGCAGUGAGUGAUCCCUGGUCACCAGUGUCUGGGGCUCUGGGUUGCUCCGAGUGACGAUGGCCCUAUGGCACGUAGUUGAUCCCAGUCUGCGAGUUCCUUGCCAAGACUCUGCAGAUCCACGGCCUCAUUGUUAAGCCUCUCUUAGCACGUGAUUGCUCUCGCUAGGAAUGCAGCGUGGGGGAGCCCGUGAAGGGGCAGGAGUCUAACGCAAAUGCCGAGACGCACGUCGCUGUCUGAUGCUGUUCAGGAAUUCCCCAAGGGGUGCAGUCGUACGGCCAGUUGCAUUUGCAUGUCCAGCUAGAGAUGUCUUGCUGUCAUCCCGGGAAAGAAACCGUACCUGUGACAUUAGAAAGGCCAUCUCUACAUACAUAGUUCAGCAAAUGUUCCCCCUCUGUCUGAGGGACGUGUCCUGUUAGAUAGAUAGCUUCAAAACAAGAGAACUCACAUUGGAGGAUAGCGAUUCAAUGAAAGGCUCUUUUUUUUAAACCAAAUACUGCCCUAUUCUUCUGCUUCUGUUAGAAGCCUGGCGUUGUCCUUUCAUUUCAGCUCCGGCGUUCACUUUGCAGAGUAACCGGGUUAAGAAGUUGAUGCUUUUUAGUCCUGUUUAGCUUUACCAGGCAGCUGAUACUGAGCCAGUCCCUGGGCUAGGCUUUUCCUGCCCACAUCAAACUCCUUCCUUCUCUGGCGAAUACAGCGGUAGGCACAGCUGUAUGGGUCGUCAGGAAAGAGGUUUUAUUUCUCCAGGGUCAUUGGAGUGAGUGUACUCUCCAGUUUCCUUGUUGUGUAUAAACGUAAAGGAGUUUGUGAUCCCGUGUGCUUUCCUCUUUCUGCAAAAAAGAAAAAAAAGAAAAGAAUAAAAAAUCCUUUGCACCAGACCUGAUCCAUCCCAUAGAGACGACGAGUUGCACAACAUGGGGCUGUGGUGGCUGCACUGUAGCUAGCACUGUAUCUUCACUGCUGGUGCCCCGUAAGGAAUUGAAGAAUCAUUUUGCACAGCUUUAUUACACGGCCUUUUGGAGAAGGGGGGCAGGGAGUUGCAAACCUCAAACAAUACCCUAGAAUAGCUGAAAAUCACUGAAAGUGUCACGUGGAAAGGUGUUCUUGUCCUUUGCUUCGGCCCUUUUGUCUGCUACUGACUUGUGGUCACGAAACCCUUACUCAGAAGCUCAGUUCUCUGGUGUCAGAAAAAUGCAGCUGAAGCUUGUAGAUAUUUCUUGUAACUACUUGGUGUCUCCACGUCUGUGAGUUCAACAGAAGGCCCCGCUAGCCUGAGACGGGUGUGAUUGUCCUCAUUUCUAUAAAAGUCUGUUUCCUGUUGUGAAUUAACACCUUUCCCAUCACAGCCUAAUUCAAACAGGAAAACUAGAGGCCCUUCCCAGUGCCGUGCGAACAGGGAGGCUUUGUCUGAGCUGAGGGUGCUGUCUCGGGGCCGGUGAUGAGAUUAAGUGUCGUUGUUUGUCCUUGGCUGGUUUGUUUUUCACUUUUGACAAAUAAUCCUGUUUUUUAAGGAUAUUGUAGCAGGUUAGGAUACAGCACAGCAUUUUUUUUUAUUAUUAUUAAAAAGCUUAACUGUAGGCCAAAGUGGUUUAAGAAACUACUACCUUGCAGGAUGAGGCCCAUAGUUACUGCAAGCUUUUGUCUCUACUUUGUCUAGCCAUAAAAUCAGCUGGCGUCCGCUUAUGAUGGUUUCAAGGAGCUUUCCUAGUUAUUUUUGUAAUGUUCUAGUGAUUAUUAGUCGAUCAUUUGGUAGCACAGUGAUUCAUCGCAAGGUGAAAACCAGUUUACAAAAAGUCUCUUGAACAGGUUAAAAUCUUUCUUUUGCAUCAAGACUGUUAGACUAUGUCACGCCGAGAAGUUUCCAAAACUCCUGGAAAUACUGAAGACUUUAAUGUAGCUCUUGAAAUAUUAAUACGUAAGGAAAUAUGUUAAUUGAUCCGGAGGCAGUGGAGAAUAUAGUCGGCAUCAGUCGACAGUACUUUCCAGUGUAUUAAUAUCUUCCGCCCCCCCCGCUGUUGUCAUUAACCUCUUCUGCGCUUGAUCAAUAUAGCAGGGGCACGCGGCAAGUCUGCCUGCCUGGCGCUGCCAGACACCUACAUUUCCAGCAGCAGGGAGUUAAAAUGUCACCAUCUCUGCCCACGUUGCAAAAGUGAGAGUUAUGCCAUUUUUGUGCAGUUGUCUCAAGGGAGGGGCUGUCAGCAAGGAUCCUCUUUGAAUAUGAGCGCUGCAACAAGGCAAUGUGGGGGGGGACCCCAUUGAAGUCCUUAGCCCCCUGCUCCUUAUGGUUAUUUGUCAACCUUAUUUUUUUUUGGCUAGUUUCAAAAAUGCCCCCCGCCCAUGCUUCCCGCCCCCUUCACCUAUGUCCUGUAAAAGCGGAAGUGACUUAGUACGGUAGUUUGUGAGCGUGUCUGCCUUCAUCACGUUGUCAGAACAAGACCUGGAGAACAGGUCCCCUCUUUCCAGCAAGGUGCAGAAUGGAUUUCUUCGUGCAGUGCAUCGUAUUGCAAGGGGGGAGUUAAGCAUAAAGGAGAAUGAAAUAUUAAUGAUAGGAUUCAGGGACUAUUUGAGUAAACUGUGAUUAUGACCUAUAUUCAGGGGAUCAUGUUUUCAAGCUAGCAAACCAUCAGAAUGUGAUCUGUAUAGAAACAUUUAAUAGCCAGUUUGCCCAGCCCUAUACACCAAAAUGCUGUAAACCUUUAUACAGACUGGGGGCGGGGGGUUUCUCAGCCACUUAAUGGAGUAAAUUAUUGAAUUUAUUCUACUAUCUUUUCGCUUUGGUUUUUGGUUUUGGUUUUUUUUAUAUUUUUUCCCAAAAAAAAGAAGAAAAAAAGAGCCUCCACUGCUGACAUAACAAGAAAGCCUGAUGCUUUACGAACUCUAAACCAGCAUGUAGGAGUGUAAGAGAGAGCAUUUUCCAUUCCCUUGUAGUGUUGUUUUAACUGGUUAAAACUCAUAUUUACUGAGAGCUGUAGACUGUUAAAAGCUUUUAAAAUAAUCUAAGCUUAGUACAGAAGUAAAUGGCCUUGGACGCCGAGCAUGUUCCACUUCUCUUUCUGCUGCUCACACAGAAAAAUAGUGCAUAAUAUUGAAACAAAGAGCGCACAGCAAGGAAAUGCGCACUAAAACCCCAGAGGAUUUUAUAUCAUAGUUUUAGUGCCCUUUAUUGAAAAAGACUUUGGUUUAUCAUUUGUAUGGUCCCUAGAAAGUUCUUUGUUAGUCUCCUGCUGACUAGUAUCCCAGAUUCAAAUAUUAGUCCAUACCGGGUUUGCGCUGGCAUUGUGAACCCCAGCUUUCCAGGUGGAUGGUGCGUUCAGCUCUGCUCCCAGCAGUCACCAGAUAGUGAUACUACACCUUAAAAUAGUGUCAUUAAUGACCCUCCUGUCCUUUCCCCAGUGCCCGCGUUUGACUUUCAAAACAAGUUGCAUAGCCACUGUAUCGGGAAGUUAAUGCUAUCUCAGAUUCAGCUUUCCAACAGCAUAAAUUAUCUAAAUCUAUUGAUUUCUGGUGAACAUGGGCUGUUAAAAGUCAAAUGAAAGAAAAUCAAAGCAAGAUAAAUCAGUAACAAUUGUAUUCAAGAUGACCUUCUUUUAGUGAUUCUCUUACUUAUUUUUAACAUAUUAACUUUGCAAAACUUUUUGGUUCUUUCCUGGAGCAUGACUUAAUGUUCUGUCCACUGUGGUUGUCUUAAGUGAAGUUUUGGACUCUGAAUCCCUGCUGUUGCUCAUAAUGAAAUACCUCUUUGAAUGAGGAAGCGCAAAUUAUGACUCUGUGAUAUCGUUCUGACCAGACAAGGCAAUUGGCUCUCUCUUUUCUAAGUCUUUCAGUUUAAGUUCCUUGGAACUAUGUUUUUUUAAAGUUAAUUCAAGCAACAGGGCAAAUAUUUAACCCUCUACUGUAUGGUCCCAUGUUUCAUAACCUAUGGACUACAAAACAGAAUAAGUCCUUUUGACACGGAAGUGCUUCUAAGCUCCGACCUUGGAUCAGCGACCUAAGAGAAGAACCUUCCUGUCGAUGAGUCCUCUAUUCGGCAAGCGAAAGGGUUUGUGCAUCAGCUGAAUAUUCCAUUAUCACUGGCUCAGAAGGACUUGGAGCCUUUUUUAAAUGUUGGAAAUCUCCUCCUGUCAGGUUCAAAAACAAGGUCACAAUCUCUCUUUCCCAGGAGCACAUCACUAGCGGGGUUGGCUUCUCUAUCAGACCUUUGGGCCACAUGUUUUUGCCACUCCUGUAUAAGUGUUUUAGAUAGCUAUAACCUAGAGGAGUGGGCUACAAGUCCCAAAAUACAAUUCUUCAUUGCGAUGCAAACUGUAUAUUUACGUGGAUACUGCCUGGAUAUUAGCUGCAUACUGGAACUUAACCGUGGUGUACUGAGCUGUGAUACAAUUCCAGUUUUUAUGAAUUGGAUGUAGCCCCUGACCACUUUCCAGAGUCCAAUGCAGCCUUUGGUUGAGUAAACUUAGACCCCUUGCACUGUUACAAAAAUCGACUGGGGUGUGUGGUUGGGUUUCUAUUAAACUAGUCUUUAAAUUAACCAUUGGGGCUGGGAAUUGGCUUAGCUGAACAACACUUACUUAGCUACAAUAACACCACUGGUAGUAGAUGUCAUGCCUCAUACAUAUUGCAGUACUGACCCUGCAAAAACUAAGGUGUCAGAUGGUUUCAGUCCACCAGGUCUGACUGCUAGCCGGAUUCCUGGCACUGGUGCUAGCCUUGGAGGAAGUGGGAUGGAUGCGACCUCGUAACUGCCCGACGGGUGUCAGUAAAGCGGGGCUCAGAACUGUUAACUUGGGUUAGGGACUCUAAGGUCCUGAUAGCUUUAAGGUAUUCUUUGUUACGUGAAGAAAAGAUUGCAAUCGCUUGUAGCGUCUUUGUGUCUCAAACGCACGUACUGGUCAAGUUCGCACAACUGUUUUCAUGUUCCUUGGAUUCCUACUGAAGCUUCUCUGAUAACUCCCUACACAUCCCUAAACAUGCAAUACUUGGGGGACGUGAAGUGAUAAGCUGUGCAUGGGACACUGCCUGGGUUGUCUUGGGGUCGCAGCACAGUCUCUGAGCAGGUGAGCUUGCGUGUGUUCAUCUAUCCAUUCGCCUGAGUUAGUGAACUGCCUCCCUAGAAUCACUGUGCUAACGCCUACUGUGAUGUCUGCUUUUACCUUAAUGCUACACCGAGGAUACCUGUCUGAAUGUGACAGUCUGACUUCUUUUGCAUAGAAUUACCUUGGAUUGUCUGUAUUAAAAAUAUGUAUUUAUAAAAUUAAAAAAAAAAUCUAUUUUUGGUGGAAGGAAACUAGGAAUCUAAGCAUAUUUCCAGGGGGAUGAUAUUAGUAACAUUUUUAUCAAAUUCAUUUUAUAAAUCUUUGUAUCUUGUAGUGACUGGACCCACUUUUCGUUAGUGCAUUCAGUGCAGCAGGCUUAGUAACAACGCAAAGCAUUGUCAUGCAGGAGACCUGGGAUUUGGGGGAAUUAGGAUCUUUUUUUUCUUUCUUUCUGGGCCAGAAAACUGAGCAAGGUGCUGGAGAAACAGAGCCCUUGGCAGGCAGUUUCUAGUUUGCUUUACUUGUUUGUAGAUGCUAAAGUAGGGAGCACAAAGACUGAGUGUGCAGGAGAAAGCAAAUUAGAUGGGCUUAGUGUCUCCCUACACGGGUAGGGCAGGGACUAUGCAAAACCAGUACAUGCAGUCAGUACAAAGUGAGGUCACUUGCUUCCAGCUCGCUAAUAUUGCCAGUCAAGUCCUAUGAAUCCCCAGGCUAAAGAAUAUGCUCAAACAUUUCCAUUAUUUUGGACAAGGGUUUAAAAAUGUGUAACUUCCAGUAGCAAGUGUUUCUCCUCCUGUAACACAUUGCAAAAUGUAAAUAAAGAAAUAAAAGUAAAUUAUUGAUCCUAUAA